AUGACUGCUGUGGAGAUCUCCAGGCCAAACGGCGAUUCCUCCGAACAUGCGGCAGAUUUAUUGAAUCCUAGUGAAGUAUGUGACACCAUGUCUUCGAAUCUCGAGACGUACAACUUUCCCCAUCUCAAGUUGAAGCCAGCUCUAUUCGACUCUACCAAAACCCCUUUGGUCCUAGUUGCCUGUGGUUCAUUUAGCCCACCAACAUUUCUCCAUUUAAGAAUGUUCGAGAUUGCCGCCGACUACGUUCGUGACAAUACCAACUUCGAAGUCAUAGGAGGCUAUAUGUCUCCAGUCAAUUCCAAUUACAAAAAAGAUGGCCUCGAGAAUGCGGAUGCCAGAAUAAAAAUGUGUAACCUUGCCACCAGGGGUUCGGACUGGGUGUCUGUGGAUAACUGGGAAGCGCUUGCUCCUUCAUAUGUGCCAACUGCACGGGUACUAGAUCACUUUGACGAUGAGAUGAAAAGGCUCGGCGGGGUGAAGAUCGAAGAUGGCCAAACAAAGCCCGUACGUGUCGCUCUCCUAGCCGGAGCAGACUUGAUCUCGACUUUUGCCACGCCCGGAAUGUGGCUCGGGUAUGGGCCUUUGGCUGAUCUAGCACUAGACCUAAUACCCACCUCGGUCAUCAAUUUUAUCUACGAGAAUGAAUUAUACAACGUCAAAUAUCCAGGCCACGAACGGAGUCCGUCUGGCUCCAAAAGACCUUCAACACAGGCUCAACCCAAUGGCAAAAUCCCUGGGUGA